GAGAAUGAGGGAGGCACCGCCACCGCCCCCACCACCAUCGGUCGCCGCCGGGAACUUGUUCUAGCUCCGGCAGCCACCUUUCCUUUCUGCAGUAACUUUGCCUAGAAGAUGCGCCAGCUCUAAUGUUGCUCUCCUUGAUGCGUGGCUAAAACUUUCGUAGGCUGUUCCCGAUUCUAUCAGCCCAGUUAUGGUCGGGAGAUGAUUGCUUGCAAGAUUCCUGGAUUGCGUGCAUAUUGUUCUUUCUUUCUCCCUCCCUCGGCGCGGUUGGCGCCAGAUCUUCUCAGCAGCGGGAAAAGACGCGCAAAGGUUUCUGCCGUCCACCCGAUUACUGUGAUAUAACUUUGUAUGUUUUGCGAGGAGAGCGGGUCAUCUUCUUUUGCUCGGUGGUGAAGAUAGAAGAAGUUCUUCUCGACCUUGCGUUUUGCUGCCGCUGUUUCCACGGCUGUAUGUCUAUGUUUUUUUGAAUGGCUGCACCAUGGCUACCGCAACGAUGGUUUGCAGAGUGCAGUUUCUGGACGACACCGAUCCUUUCAAUAGUACUAAUUUUCCUGAGCCCACCCGGCCACCCCUCUACUCCUUCAGGGAAGACAUCCCCCUGGUCACCCAACUGGCCGGGGUCCACCGCCUGCUAAAAGCUCCGCAAAAGCUUGAUGAUUGUGCACUGCAGUUGUCUCACAAUGGUACCUACUUGGAUUUAGAAUCUACUCUAGCUGAGCAAAAGGAUGAGUUGGAAAGUUUCCAGGGGGAAUUUGGUAGGGGGAAAAAACACAGCAUAAUUCUGAGAACCCAACUUUCAGUCCGAGUUCAUGCCUGCAUUGAGAAAUUGUACAACUCAAAUGGACGGGAGUUAAGGCGGGCCCUCUUCUCCUUGAAACAGAUAUUUCAAGAUGACAAGGAUUUGGUUCAUGAAUUUGUUGUAGCAGAAGGCCUGGCUUGUUUAAUAAAAGUGGGAGCUGAGGCAGACCAGAACUACCAGAAUUACAUCUUGAGAGCACUGGGACAAAUUAUGCUGUAUGUUGAUGGGAUGAAUGGAGUAAUAAAUCACAAUGAAACCAUCCAGUGGCUGUACAUACUAAUUGGGUCUAAGUUUCGCCUGGUUGUAAAGACAGCAUUGAAAUUGCUCCUUGUUUUUGUGGAGUAUACUGAAUCCAAUUCAUCUCUUCUUAUUGAAGCAGUGGCUACUGUUGAUGCAAAAAGGGGUUUCAAGCUAUGGUCCAGUGUCAUGGAGAUUUUGGAGGAAAAGGAUGGACUUGAUACAGAAUUACUAGUUUAUGCAAUGACUUUAAUAAAUAAGACAUUAUCUGGCUUGCCAGAUCAAGAUUCUUUUUAUGAUGUUAUUGACUGUCUAGAAGAGCUGGGGAUGGAAAUUAUUUCCCGGAAGCAUCUGAACAAGAAAGGAUCAGAUUUGGACUUAGUAGAGCAAUUCAACAUUUAUGAGAUGACAUUGAGACAUGAAGAUGGUGAUGAUAGUGGAGAACCUCUUCCUAUUGCCUGCAAAGACAGAAGAAGAACUAGUCUUGGUUCCAAUGAACGAAGAGGGCUGGAACGUAGGAAGAGCAGGAGGCAUUCCAUUCAGAGUGUCAAGAAUACUUUAUCAGCCCCUGCUAGCCCCUGCACUCAUUCAAGCCCUAAUUUCAUGUGUGGCCAUAGACAGAGCACUGAAGAAUAUAGUGAGAAAGAGAAGGCUUAUGACGAGGAGGAAGAACAGCCAGUCAUAGAGUCUGAUACAGAGGAUGAGAGGGAGGAAAAGGCUACUGGGCAGGUCAAUGCCAGUGGGUUCUCAGAAAUACAGAAGGUUAAACAUGCUCCACAGAAUUUUGAUACUUCAGUCAUCUCAAGUGUUAUUUCUCAGGAUGAAAGGCUUUCCAGGAACUGUAGAACAAAUAUUUCCAAUAGCUCAUCAUCACUUGAUUCAGUUGCUUUGCAUCCUUUUCCUCAUCAUUCAUCAUCCUCCUCAUCUGUCAAAGUUACUUCCCCAAAUUCAUCAUGUGUUACUCCAAAGACAUCUCCAAAUGUUGAAAAAUUACCUUAUGUACCAUAUAGCCCCUUUCACCUCUUCUCUUAUGAUGUUGAAGAGCCUCAAACAGCAAUGAGAGAAAAGGAAGAAGAGUUCAGAGAAAACAGGACAUCUUUGGGUGGUCUCCUUACAUCAUCAUAUAGGCAACACCAAGAGUCCUUGGCAGUAGAAAGAGAACGAAGACGUCAAGAGAGAGAGGAGAGGCUUCAAAGAAUAGAACGUGAAGAGAGAAACAAAUUCAAUCAAAAUUAUCUAGAUAAAAGAGAAGAACUGAGACAAGCAAGAGAAGAGAGAUAUAAACACUUGGAAAAAUUGGCAGCUGAAGAAUAUGAAAAGGAGCUGAAAAAUCGAAAUUUAUCUUGCGACAGGAAUGACCUCUCCUUGAAUUUGGGUGGUUCUUCAAUCCCAACUGUUACCAUUCCCAAGUGUGCCAGCCCAGGUUCAACAGAUUCACUUGAGAAACCAUCAGCUUGUGUGACUUCUUGCAUAACAUCACAAAUUCUAGAAGUGAAUGCCAGUCAGCCUGAAUGUGAACCUGAACCUGAAGCCAAGAAAAAAACAAAAUCAGAACUGGAAGAUGAGACCAAGUUCAAUCAGGGAACAGAAACAACACUCAUAGCAGUAAAAGGUGCAGAGGUAGAAGUGGGUCGAGAGACAGAGAGAGAAGAAGGGGCAUUAAGUGAAAAAGAAAGGCAAAAUGAAGAUUUGAAUGAAAAAGACAACUGCUCAGCAUCCAGUCUCUCUUCAGCAAGCAGCACUUUAGAGAGAGAAGAACCAGAGCAAAAACUAAGCAAUAAAGAUAAAGCUGGCCCAUGUUUGCAAUCCAUACAAGAUGAUGAUGUGAACGAUCAGUACAACAACAUCCUCAACAAUAAACGGUUCAUGCUGGAUAUGCUGUAUGCCCAUAAUAAUUUGCCUUUUACCAAGGAUGAAAGAGUUAAAGAAUUGGAGGCAAAGAUAGAUAUAAAGAAGGUGUUGAAUGCAAGUGAAGAUACUGAUAUCAGCCUACACAGCAGGAUUUCAGUCCUACAAACUAGUAAGCAGGCCAAAGAUGAAUGUUUAAAAAAAAUGGAGAUUGGAAGUUUGGAAAAUCAAGGCAAUGUGAAGAUCUUUACAGAAAGAUUCAACAGUGGUGAUGUGGCCAAAAUUUCUAAUUUAUCUGAAAAUGAUUUUAAUGAAAAGAUUCCUGAAAAAAUACCACUGCAAGUUAAAACAGAAUCUGACUUUAUUUGGGAUCAACUCUUGGCUAGUCCAAGAAAACUGAAAAUCAAAGAUAUGGAUUUCACAGAUUUAGGAGAUGAGGAUGAUAGUGACAUAUUGGACAUACAGAUCAGUCCUAGUGAUGCCCUGGUUCCCCCUCCCCCACCCAUACCUUCUGUUUUAGGUUUUCCUCCUCCACCCCCUCCAUUGCUUUAUAGAUGUCCUCUUCCACCCCCACCUUUUGGUAAUUUAUUGGCUCCAUGUCUAUCAAGCACUCCUCAAAGUUUAGGGUCAGCCCCACUUCCUAGAGAUCAAGCAAACUUUAUAAAAAAGAAGAAAACCAUCCGUCUCUUUUGGAAUGAGGUGAGACCAUUUGAAUGGCAGUGCAAGAAAAACAGACACUGCAAAGGAUUCCUGUGGUCAAAACUAGAGCCUAUUAAAGUAGACACUGCAAAAUUAGAACAUCUUUUUGAGACUAAAUCCAAGGAUCUUCCUAUCACAAAGAAAACUGCUGCAGAUGGCAAGAGGCAAGAAAUCAUUGUCCUGGAUUCCAAACGGAGCAAUGCUAUUAAUAUAGGGCUGACUGUAUUACCACAUCCAAGGACAAUCAAGGUUGCCAUUUUGAACUUUGAUGAAUAUGCCUUAAAUAAGGAAGGAAUAGAGAAAAUUCUUACAAUGAUUCCCACAGAAGAGGAAAAGCAGAAAAUUCAAGAAGCUCAAUUAGCCAAUCCUGAUAUCCCACUGGGUACUGCUGAACAGUUCCUACUGACUCUGUCUUCCAUUACUGAACUCACUCCUAGACUUCAGCUCUGGGCAUUUAAAAUGGAUUAUGAGCUUGUGGAAAAGGAGAUUGCAGAACCACUUUUGGACCUGAAGGAAGGAAUGGAUCAGCUAGAGAACAAUGCUACCUUUGGAUUUGUUCUUUCUGCUCUCUUAGCUAUCGGGAAUUUUCUCAAUGGAACCAAUACUAAAGCCUUUGAACUAAGCUACCUUGAGAAAGUGCCUGAAGUCAAAGAUACAGUCCAUAAACAAUCUCUUCUUCAUCAUGUAUGCACAAUAGUGGUGGAAACAUUUCCAGAUAGCACAGAUCUUUAUUCUGAAAUUGGAGCCGUCACUAGAUCAGCCAAGGUUGACUUUGAACAGCUUCAGGAUAACUUAUGUCAAAUGGAAAAAAGAUGCAAAGCAUCAUGGGAUCAUUUGAAGGCCAUUGCAAAGCAUGAAAUGAAAUCAACAUUAAAGCAAAAAAUGUCAGAGUUUCUUAAAGACUGUGCAGAAAGAAUAAUAAUUUUAAAGAUUGUCCACAGAAGAAUAAUCAACAGGUUCCACUCCUUCUUGUUAUUUAUGGGCUAUCCUCUUUAUGCAAUCCGUGAAAUCAACAUCAAUAAAUUCUGCAAGAUUAUUAGUGAAUUUGCACUGGAGUAUCGUACCACCAGGGAACGGGUUUUGCAACAGAAACAGAAGCGAGCCAACCACAGAGAAAGGAACAAAACCAGAGGGAAAAUGAUCACAGAUUCUGGAAAAUUCUCUAGUAGCUCCCCGACACCUCACAAUCAAUUGCAAGGGCUCCAGGAUACCGAAGACGCUGUAGAACAUGAGAACAUGAAAGCUGUUCUCAAGAUAUCAUCUCCAACUGGAGAGAACAUUGCAUUAGGAAUCCGCACUCGAUCUAGGGCCAAUCAAGGCUAUGCAGGUUCAUGGAACCCUAGCAAUGAUGAUUUGACUAAUGCUACAGACAAUGCAGCAGAUGAGAUAAUGGAUCGUAUUGUCAAGUCUGCCACACAAGUACCAAGUCAGCGUGUAGUACCCAAAGAAAGAAAGCGAUCAAGAGCAAACAGGAAGUCAAUAAGAAGGACAUUGAAGAGUGGAUUGUCUCCAGAAGAAGCUAAAGCUUUGGGUCUGAUGGGCACUUCAGAGAUGCAAGUGUGAUGACAGCAAUUAAGUCUGCUAAAAGAAACAUCUUCCUCUUUUUUUCAUGCACACAUGCCAUCAACAAUCUUUAAAUUCAACACCCCUCUGCCAGUUUCAGCUGCUAUUUGUUUUAUCCCACUGCUGCAUGACACUGAAUCAAAUAAUAAACUUAAAUUAGUAAACUAACCUUGUAACUCACUAUUACAAAAAUAAAUUACAGGAGCAGGUGGUCAAUUCAACAUUGUGUCACAUUCAUUCUGUCAUGCUGCAUUUAAGAGAGUUGCCUUGGGCCAUCUUGUAUUGUGUGAAAGGUCUUAAUGCUAAUUUUCUUGCAGUCUGUUGCAGUAAUUGUAAAGUACUAUCUUUUAUCAAUUCUUUAAACAAUUUUUUUUAAAGUUCCUACUGUCGUAAGACAGGGAAAUUUCGGUCAAGCAUAAAUAUGAAAGACAAGUUAAAUUAUAUCAGAAUAGUUUUAAACAAAAUACUAUUUCUUAAUUUCAUCUAGUAUCUUUUGCAGUUUUUCCUGAGAUUUUUUCUGGACUGUAAAAAGAAAUUAAAUGAAUAUGUUGACAAUAGUUUGGACAAAGAAUAACUCUUUUGAAGGCUAGUAAACCAGUCAUAAGGGAUUACUUUGUACAAUAUAACCAUUUAGAAACAAAAUACUAUUUCCUAUACAGAAUUAGAUAGGAAAAUAAGGCUCACGUUGGAGCCCAUUGGGCUGCUGUUUUCAUUCAAUUUAAAAAAUUUAAAUUAUCAGUUACAUUAGAUUUUACUAUAUUUGCCUUUCUCUCACAAACCUUGAAGAAACAAUAAGGAAAACAACUGUUUAAAAUAUAAAAUUUGUUCUCAAUCAACUAUUCAAUGGCAUUUUUCUUACCACAAGGGUUGGUAACCCUUGUGUUAUUAUUCUGGAUCAUUCACCAACAACCUUUAUAUAGAAAGUAUUGAAUAUACAACCUUAAAAAAUCUUUAAAAAAUACAGAUCCUAAUAUUUUUAGGCAUGAAAUAUCUGACCUAAUCAGCAUCUCCAACAAGCUAGUUAAGAAAAUAAAACACUUGUUAAAUCAUGCACUGAAAGCUUUGUGAUGAAAACUAGGUAAGCACAGUGCAAAACAUGUGGAUUCCACACUAAGCAGUACAAGCAGAAAGAACAAUAAUUUGUAUUUAUUUAUUUCUAAUGAUGACUAUUACUUAACUGAUUUUAUUCUACAAUUUAUUUGGACUAAUAGGGAUGUUAUAUGGAUCUAUAAAAGCUCCCAUUGGGCUACAGAGUUACAUUUUAUUCCUCCUAAUGCCCUACUCUUUAAUGAUUCAACAGUGACCUGUAAGUAUUUUGUUAAUAAACCUCAUUACUGUGCUUUCAACUAGAAAGAAGGAAUUAUUACUACAAUGAAUAAUAUUGAUCAUUUUUCUCAUUCAACUUUUUUAUGUGUUUCAAAAGGACUAAACUAAAUGUUGGUAUUGAUUUUUUAAAAUCAAUACCAACCAUCAGAAACAUUUUUUGUCACUCGUAUCAUGGUUUUGUAGUGAUAAGAGCAAUAAAAUAAUUCAGGAAAGGUACUUCAGAGCAUGAAGUAUCAUUGAAGCAAAUCUAGUAGCUGUUUUAAAGCACUGCAGGGAAGCCUAAGCUUCUAUGUUUCCACAUACUCCUAGCAUGUUUUUGGAAUUAAAUCCCAAGCACUGGAUAAUCAAAAAGUAAUAAAUAUGUCUAAAUUUUCAGAAUAAGGUGAGAAAGAAUAUAUAAUUCUAUAAAAGAAUCUUUAAAUUAAAUUAAUAAAAACACUUAUCAAUGGGAUCACAUGAUCUGAUUCUUAGUGCAACAAUAGAGCUUUCAUGAAUUCCAAUAUCCUCCUAAUGACAGAGAAAAAGUUUUUGUGUCACUUCAUCUCUUUACUGAUGAGACUUUAAUCCUAUUGGCAAGGCUUUUUGCCCCAUCUGCUUUUCAAACUUUCUGACACUUUACUUUUUGUACUUUGGAAGGAACCUGCUUGACUUUAAAGGAGGAGCAGGUGACUUUUUCUCCAAGACUAGAGUCAUAUUUCUCACUUUUGCAGAAAAAUAUCCAAUGAAUCUUAUUUCUUAAUGGAUUGUUGGCUACCAAAAAACAAUUAUGUUUGUCUAUAACUUCUCCAAAUAAACAUAUAGAGUAAUUUUUUGAAAACUUAAUCAUGGUAUUAAGAAUGCCUUUAAAAGUAAACAAAUUCCCAUCCUAAAUUGUUGCCUUGAUCUAUCAUUUUAUUGUUUAUAUUACAAUACAUUUUGUGAAUCAUUUUUCAAUCUUAUUCCAAAUGCAUCUUGUAAAAAUUCAUUUCUGUAAAAAACACUUCUAAGCACUUGCUUAUUGAAAUCAUGAUUAUGAUUGUGUUUUGAUAUACAAAUGAUAUGUUUUGUUUCCUAAAACCAUUAAGUUUCUAAAUAAGUUUUUGUUAACAUUUACAAUGGUAUGACAAUAAUUCAAACAGCUGUUUCAGUUUAUAUGACUCCUAAUAACCAGAAAACAUUAGAUCAGAGUUCCCCACCCUUUCUGGGUUAGCAGCCCAGAGCAGAGGGAGGGGGAAAGGGGAUGAUUUUGUGGGAGGGUCAAGUGCCUGUGUGUACCUGUAUUCAAGCAGCCAUGACAUUCACGGUGAUGGUCGCACGAGUGGAGCAGCAAGCACCCACAAUGAGGCUAAGGCAAGUGGGGCUACGAGUGUCUACAACAAGGCUUGCAUGGAGCCACAAGCACCUAUGACAAGUCUUGUGCAAGUGGGGCUGUGCGCAUGCAUGGAGGUUUACACAACUCACUUAGCCUGGUGGCAAUUAGCCCAUGGCCCGGUAAUGGGCUGCAGCCCACAGGCUGGAAACCCGUGUACUCGAUGACAUUGAAGAAUUGCAGAUAAUCUUCGUAUUUCUUUGUUGCUAUCUCGGGGUCAUGUGCAUUUUUAUAACUCAGAUAUGAUAGUUUUUUUAAUGAAGUACUACUGUACAUGAACUUUGUCUUUGAGAAUCUCAUGAGCCAAUUUUUUGGGAGCCUGCUUUUGAAGCUUACCAUGCAGGAAUGGGGUUAUUUUGAGAAAACCAAUGAGCCAACUUAUUUGGAGCCUGCUUUUGAACCUUACCAUGCAGGAAUGGAGUUAUUUUGAGAAAACCAAUCUACAUCUGGUAUAGAUUAACUUCACUGGACUCUGGUCAUAAUCUCCCAUGUAAUUUGUCUGUUGGAUUAUUCCUUUGCUUCUUAUGAUUGACAAAACUUUGAAAUAUUCCUAACAAACGGUCACAAUUUUUGUUACCUCCCUCCUCCCCUCCCCCAAAGGACACCAACCAAAAUUCCUGUAUCAGUAAAUAUUUUCCAAGAUUCAGUGAGCUUUUGUUAGUGGAAUAAAGGUCAAAUGACCCCAUUUAAAUGACUGCAGGUGGGAAAAAAGAAAAGGAAAAAUUUAUGAAAAUUAAGAGUGGAAAUUCUGUUUCCAAGUAGCUGAGGACUGACACUCUAAAUUUAUAAAAAAGAUAGCAAAGUAAUCUUCCUAAUUCCAAAUGACAAUCUUUCUUUUAGAAUUGUUGCCUUUUACUAUACUUUGUCCAUAAGAUUAUGAAAGGAAAAUUAGUGAGAUGUGACAUGAGGUACACAAAUGUCUGUUAACUCCCUUUCAUAAAAUGUUUAGGGAAGUGGUAUCAUCUUAUCCUCUUCCAAUGCAUUUUUGGAAGCAGCUUUUAAAGCUGGGGAACCUGGUAUUUCAAUGAAAGAUAGAAGGCAUUUUAAAAAAAUGAAAAACUUCAGCCAUUUGAUAAGAUAAAAUAAACAACAGUACUCUCAUUUCACUAAAAUUUAGCCCAACAUUGCAAGAAGAAAAUGUUCUGAGGAAAAGGGUGGGUUUUUUUUAGUUUGUCUUUAAUGUAUUCAGUAAACUCCAAUGUGUAUUGUUUGCUUAUUUUAGAAUGUUUCUCUAAAGCAACUAUUCAUCUAUAUGCUGCAACUAUUUUUUAUGAGACAGAUUAGAAUUAAUUAACUGUUAUUUUAAAAAAGGGAAAAUAUAUCUAGACUUUUAAUGGAAAUUGGUCCAAAUAAUAUCUAUUUUCAUCUAUGUUGAAGGAUAAUUGUCAGUGUUACAAUAUAACUACUAGCUGUCCACUGAAAUACUAAAAGAAAUUCCAUAUUAUAAAAUGUUAAGACUAUGAUAAAGCAUACCUUUUCUAUUUGUUGUCAUUUUGUAGAUUUUUAAGUAACUAAAUCCCUUUAAUUAAUCAUUUUCAAACAUAUACACACACACAUGCAUACAUAUAUAGAUAUAUAUUUACAUACAUUCAUAUAUAGAUAGAUGAUAUAGAUACAUAUAUAUGAACAAUUCAUCAUACACAAAAGGAAAAUGGACAAAAAUAAUUUACAUAUAUGUAAAAUGUGUGUGUGUGUAAAAUUACAGCUGUAUCCCAUGUUGAACUGACUUUCGAUAUUGGCCAAACUCACCCAAACAUUUAAACAUAAAAUAUUCUAGAUGUUUAUAUAAUGAGAGAAUAGUUUUCUCUAUUGAACUCAGACUCAUUUUCAUGCACUCCUGAAGCCUGAGCUCAAUAGUUCAAUCAAUCUUUUUCCAGGAACUUGUGUAUACAGUUAAAGUUUUAAUGAGCUUUUCGCGGGAGGGGGGAUAUUGUGUUGAAAUCUACAUUAACAAAAAUAAGUUUAAAAGAUUCAAUAAAUGUAAACCAAGAAAUUUGUUUUGUUUAGAAGUGGUAAAUAUUUUUGGCCCUUAAAAAAAUAACAAACCUUUGCUUGUAGUGGGCCUGAACAUGAAUAAAUCUCUCUUUUUUCACACAUGGUUCAGUCUCUCUUAUCUGAAAAAUCUAGUGUUAAUGGUUAUACAUAGCUGCAUUAAAGCUAAGGUAUUUGGGAAAUAGUGAAAUGCAAACAAAUCCAGGUUGAAGGCACUGUGCACAGGCACAGUGAACUGUGGCACAGGCACUGGCACAGGCACUGUGUUGCUCAUAGUAUUUUUUUUAUUGGUGCAGAACUUUGACCUAUUAAAAUUUAAAAAAUUAUAACAAUUAAAAUAUGUUAAAGUAGUCUUUAUUAACUUCAGUUAAUUCUUAAAUCAGUCCCCUUUUUAUUAACCCUUGAUAUGAUUUUGAAAUUACUUAUUUUUAACUAUAUGAUUUCCGAUUCAAUAUUAAAGGGUUACCAAUCUUCUCCCUCUCUCACAAUCUUAGCACAAUGAGUACCAUCCUUGGCCAACUGAUGGCCAAGAAUUCAAAUAACACUUUAAGGAUGUAAUUGAAACUGCCCUGUAAUUAUUGAAAAAGGACAUGAGAAAUACAAACACUGCAAUCCUUACAUGAACUGUCACUGAGUUAAGUGAGGCAUAUUUUUAGUUAAAAUUAAAAAGAAAUUAACUUUAUUAGCAUUUGAUAUUAGUAAUUAUAGGAGUGGCAUGGUGGCCUAAGUGGUGAAGACUGACCUGUCACUCAGAAGGUUGAGGAUUCAGUCGUAGAAUGCAAAGAAAAAAAUACUUGAUGCAAAAUCCAGGUGGCAUCAGGAAGGUCAUCCAUCCAUUAAAUGCUCAGUUUCAUCCAGUCAUCACAAUUCUACCCCAAAUUAAGGAAUUACAGGGUGAUAAAAAGGAAAGGUUUUUUAUGUUAGCCAAGAUAGGGAAAAAUAGGGAUUUAUAAAACUUUCACUAAAUAAUGUAGAAAACUAAGAAUUUGAGUUAAUCUAUUCCAUUUAUUUGUAUGCUUAUAUACCAGUGGAGUUAAAUUUUGUUAUUAUGCAUAGAUCUCAUUUUUCACAGAAUUCAGAACUGAGAUUCCUUAUUGAAUUAUAUAGGAAAAUUCUGAUUUACCCAGUUUAUGAAGGAAAACAUUAAACAAUGAAACCUGUACACAGUAUAAAAAAUUAUUUCAAUAGCAUAUUUACUGUACUAUGGAUGUGGCUCCCUUGAAAUGUUUAAAUUGAUAUGACAUGAACUUAUAUUUAAUCAGCUAGCAAUGUAUUACACUAAUUUAUGCAAAUGUUGUAUAAAAUAAUAAAUGCAACUUUCAUGCAUAAAAUGUUUUUUAAUUAUUUGUUGCAGCACAACAAUCCCCCAAUAAGUAUCUGACUGUUUUCUAAAAUAAAACAUUGUAAUGUUGGAUUAUAUUUCUCUGUAACGAUUGUAUUUUGAUUUCUCACAUCUUAUUUGUGAGCUGUGUAUUUUUUUUAAAAAGUUUGUAAAGUAGAAAAUGUUAACUACUGUAGUAUAAAAUGUAUAUGUUAAUAAUUAUUUUUUCUCUUUGUGUAGUGUUGGGUGAAAUAAGAAUUUUACUCAGCAGUAUUAUUCUAUGAAUUUAAAGACCCAAAGAUACAUAUUGAAAAGUAUAUUUAAAAAACAACAAAAAUGCACAAUGUCACAGAUGCAUGUACAUCUCUCUAGGUAGGAAUGAGUCAUUGUUAUUUUCAUAAUACGCUCAAUCUUAUUAACUAAUUAAUUCAAUUAGCUUGGAAGUUAGUACAUCACCAGACUUUUAUUUAGUAUUGUUCUACUAGAUAACUAAGCCUCAGUCUGCUGAAUGAGGUUUUCAUUUAAGAAGAGUAGAGAAUAUGAAGAACUGAUUUUCUUUUUCUGAAUUUGUUGCAUACAAGAGCACAUUUAAAAUAUGUAGCUAUCGGUUCAGUUUGGGCACUAUAAGUUUAAUACAAGUUUAACACAUCAUUGAUCUCUGCUCUCGACACCUUACGACUUACAUUUUUUUUGUUGCUGUUCCUGGGCUACUCAACCUUGGAAUAUUUAUUAUUGGUCACAGGUCAUUAUAUCUAAUGUAAUUGACAAUUAACGUAUAUUUUACAUUAAGUAGUUUUCUAGUGCAGCUUUUUCCGUUUUUGGUUAGAAAGAGGCAUCUUUGUUUUGAUUUCAAUCCUAAACAAACAUAAAUGACUUAAUAUCUGAUUGUUGUUUUUAAAAUUCAAUGUAACAAAAAACAGUUUAUUUCAUUGGCUGUAACAUUACUGCUUGAAAGAAAUCAUCACAAACAUAAAAUGGCUGGGAAUGUUAAUGGAAAGUCAGGGAAGAAAUAAUACCUUUGGACGUAGAGAACAGAAUGUAAUAAGUUGUUGGCAAUGGGAAGACUGGAAAUAAGAGAGCUGGAAAUAAACAAAUAACUGAAAGGAAAUUAAGAUUCACUAGAUAGUCCUGGAGAAUCAAUUUAUCACUUAGAGCAAGGAGGAAAAUUUGUCCUUGUGCCAUAGCUGGCUCAAAUCUUGAAAUGUUGUCUACAUCUAAUCUUAUGAAGUUAUGUUGCUAAGGUAUCUUGAAUUCUAAAUAUUGAAAAGCGUGGCUAAAUAUUAACUGUGAGAAAUACCAGAACAUUAAAGUUACAGAACAGA